AUUUUCGCGGGUUGCGAGUGUGUGAUGACUCAAAUCACUUGAUGAUUGUAAAAUGUACUAGAAACCUUCUUUCUCGUGGUGUACAACGUGAUGUGAGAUUUCCUAUGAAUGAAUCAAAGGAAAGUGCCAGCACCAUUAUUCGACGGGGCUGCGUACGAACAUUUAUUAUUCAGAAUGCAGUUUCUCCCAUUGUUCGUUCAUCUUGGUCUGUGGUUCGUUCUCGAUAUUUCAGUGAUUUUUUCUCCUUGCGAAUUUGUUGGCCGAGUCUCGAACAGGUGGAAAUCGUUACCAGAAAGUUGUUUCGUUAGCUAACUAUUGCCGAGCGUUUCGUCAUGCUCCACGAAUGGCGGAUGUAGGGCCGAACACAUCUUAUGCCGUGUAUCAGCAUGUUUUCGCGCUUUAAAGCGGAUCGGAGCGGAGGCGGCGGCGGCAUCGGAAGUUACGGAAGUGGUAGCAACGGUGCCGGCGGUGGCGCUGGCGGUUCGUCCCUCUCGCAAAGUUUACUCGAAGGCAAUGCCAUCACGACUUUUUUCGAAAUCGGCCGACAAACAGCCACGGCCGGACCGGGAUACCUUUGGAAAGUUCACGACGCCUAUCGUAAGAGCGAUGGCAAAGAAGCGUCCGUAUUUCUAUUUGAUAAGCGGACGGCGGACAAGUUGCACAAGCCGCGCCGGAAGGAAACCAUUUCCGAGAUGUUGAGACACGGCGUCCGCCAAUUGGAGCGCUGCCGCCACCCGCGGCUCCUUCACGUUUUGCACUCGGUCGAGGAGACGAGCGACACGCUGGCCUUCGCCACCGAGCCCGUUUCGACGUCGCUCGGCAACGUGCUCGCCGCCAUCGAAGACGGCGCUGACGUUCAGCAACCGUCGGCCAGCAGCAACACGAUAGCCGUUGCCGAAACGCACAACGGAAGUCGACGCAACAGCGCCCGGGACAUCCGACCGAACGACGUUCAGUCCUUUCUGGAUAUUGAAAUCAAAUACGGCAUUUAUCAGUUGAUCGAGGCGCUGAGUUUCCUACACAUGACGGCCCACCUGUUGCACCGAAACGUCUGCCCGGGCUCGGUCCUCGUGACGCGACGCGGCACCUGGAAACUAGCCGGCCUCGAAUUCGCAGAACGGAUGAACGAACAGGAUGGAUCCGAAUCGCUGACCGUCCAGCGGUGGACGUCCCGGAUCGCCAAGAUGGCGCAACCCGAUUUAGAUUUCAUUGCACCGGAAGUUCAGUCGCAGUCGACAGUUAGCGCUGCCAGCGACAUGUUCUCGCUGGGUUUGGUGGUGGCGGCCAUCUUCAAUCGGGGCCGGCCACUCAUCCAGGCCAAUCACAGCAAUCCGAAUUACACCAAGCAAAUGGAAAUGUUGAAUGAUCAACUGCGAAAUGUGCUUCCAUCUCUGCCGGUGGGUCUACAAGAAGCGCUGAUUCGGCUAUUGAGUCGUGACGCACGUAAACGGCCCAACGCUCAGCUCCUCUCGUCUAUCAAAUUCUUCAGCGAUCCGGCCGUGCAUGCGCUCCAAUUCCUCGACGUCAUCAACAUGAAAGAUCCCGGACAAAAGUCGCAGUUUUACCGCACCACUCUGAAAGAUAUCCUGCCAUCGAUUCCCAAGAAACUUUGGUUCCAACACGUCUGGCCCAGCCUCCAGCAAGAGCUGAGAACGCAGGAGGUUUUGGCGGCGGCCCUCCAACCCAUUUUGCUCAUGAUCCAGGAGAUCUCGCCCGACGAGUACCAACUGCACAUCAUGCCUACCAUCAGACAGAUCCUCGGCGUUCCCAAAUCGAUCCAGGCCAGCGUGACGCUUCUGGAGAACUUGCACAUCAUCGUGGAAAAGACGCCGGUAGAGGAUCUGCAGGCUGAAAUCUUUCCCAUGCUCUUCUCGUCUUACGAGUCGACCACUUUACAAGUCCAGAGCGCAGCGCUAGUGGCCGUGACCAACAUUGCCGCGUCGCUCGACGACCAAAUGAUCCGCAAAUCGGUUCUGCCCAAGACGAAACUGGUGUUUGAGCGCAAUUCGGGCGAUCUCAAACUGACGCUGAACGUGCUGGCCUGUCUGGCUCAGGUCAUCGAUCGACUGGACAAGUCGGCCAUCAUCGACGAGGUCCUGCCACUUCUAUGGGACGUCAAACUCCAGGACCCCGAAAUCAUCCAAGAAGUCGUCAGCAUCUACCAGCGGAUGAUUAGCAACAAGAAGAACGGGCUGUCCGUCAGUUUGAUGGCCACUCGAGUGAUGCCGUCGCUUCUGCCGCAAACGAUGAAUCCUUCACUCAGCCUCGAGCAGUUCUCCAAUCUGCUCGAGGUCCUGCAGGAGAUGCUCGACCACAUCGACAGGCAUCAACGUAAUAAGCUCAAGUUGGACAACCUGUCGCUGGGGACGAGCCCGGAGCGGAUGAGGCCGUUGCGGCACCAGCACAGCACGGACAACAUGCACGCCGCCAACAACUUCAACAUCCCGUUCGUCAAAGUGGAACAGCGCAAAACCUGCAGCGAGGAAAACAUGAUCAAGAACCAUUCGUCCAAUUCAGGACCCGGCUCGCCGGAUAGCAAUUACCUACGAGUAGCCCAAUCUCUAGCUGGCCGCCGACUCUCAGACAACAGCAAUUCGAGCAAUCGCGGACGUCCAGCGCCGUCGUCUAGCGUCCACCUUUCGCCAGCGACCUGCCUCUCUGUCGGCUCUUUGCCGACUCGACGCCAUUCCAGCAUCGGAUCCACCGACAGGAGACCAUCCACUGCCAACCUUCUACCUCCUUCGAGCGGCGGACCGAACGGCAGUACGAGCGUGCCCAUGCUGAGUACGGGCUCCAUCUCAUCAUUCAGCGGGCUAAGCGGCUUGACAAGCCGACGGCCAUCCAUGUGUCCACCUACCUUCAUUACGGGAAAUAGGACAACGGAGAGCGGAUCGUCGAUCCUCCAGCAAAUUGGAUCCGGCGUGUAUCAACUUUUUUCUGGCAAGUGAACAUCCAUCGCGUUUGUUGGUGAGUUUCCCAGCUUCUUUCUGUUCGACUUUUGCUGGCAUUUUCCAGCAACGAUGCCCUUCAGUUGAAAAGAACAAAAACAUCCCAGCUGUACAGAUGAACACACUGUCUACCUACAAAAGUAUUUUUCUUUUGCUGCAACAAAAUAUUAGAUAGAAUUGUUUUCUUCCCCAGAACGUUGACGAUUGAUUGACCAUGGCGGUGUAAAACCGCUUAUUUUUAACGCACAGCCGUUCAUUUCACCCGAAAAGAUUUUUAAAAAAUAACAUUGUUUAUAAACAACAUUAUAUUUUCGUCUUUUAAUUGGUCGUCUCGGACCUGUUGUAUAUGCUUAAUUUUUGUCUUGUGCCCUCCUCGAUAAACUACAAAAAGAAAAUUUCUCAUUUGAGACCUCUCCACAUGAUGUAUUCAAAUACCUUCUCUUUUAACGCCCAUGUACACAACAGUGGUCAAAAU